AAAAUAAAAAUAAAAAGAGAAAAUAAUAAAGGAAAAAAAGCCUACAAAAAAUAAAUUCAGGAAUAACUUUCAUUAAAAACGAAUUAUAUAUUAUUUUAUGAAGACAUGUAUUCCUUUAUUUAUUUUCUUAUUAGAACAUUUAUUUAUUUAUUUAUUAUUUUUGCAGGUUUUGUCCUCCAUAGACUGACACACACACUGCUCUCUAUGCUCGUGCAUCUAGAGGUCACCCAUAUGAAACCCCAUGCCGCCCUCUACUGGACAACCUUGACUAUAGCAUCCCAUUUACUACAAACGCACCCAUUUAAGGUGAUCUGGUUGGCUGUGGUGGAGCUAUGACAUCAUGAGGUAUGGGAGCCAAUAGAGUGCCGAAGUUAUGACGUCACUUUGUAGGCCAAAACGGAAGUUAGCGGCGCAUGGGUUCCCUCGAUCGAAAAACUAUGCAUUUUCCCCAUAGACUUUUGGAAAAUCGCAAAAAAUAACAUCUGUGUUCAACAAAGAGUUGUGACCCUUACACGUUUUGUCUAUGAAGAUAAUAUUUACAAGUUAAUCCAAAAUGUAUACAUUUUGAAGCCUAAAUAAAGCCGUCAGAUAUAAAAUGCUAACGGUAGGCUAUAAACGGACUACAGCACACCAUGGUCGCGGAUCAACGUCAUCAUCAAGCUUCCUCAAACUUUAUUGAAAAAACACGCUCGCUCAUUAUGAUCUGCGCUGUGUAUGAACACUUAUCCACUUUUUCAUGAGAAAUAUUGCCCAUUCGUUUUUUCCAAAAAUGUUAGAAUCUAACUUUGUUUAUGCGUGCUUCUCUGAGAUUUUUUUUUUUUUUUAUAUUUUGUUAAUGUUUUAUUUAUUCGUUUAUUAUUUUGUUAGUUUAUAUAAACCUUAAUAUUAUUUUCUUUGUGAUUAAGAUUAUUAUGCCUUGAUCAUUGUGCCCCAAAUAAACUUUAAAGAUUAUCUUUCACUGUAUUAUGUUUGAUUGUAUGUUUGCAUACCAUUUGCUAAUUCGCCAGAAAAAACCCCGCGAUUUUACCAUCUCAUAAGCACUAACGUGAGGCUGUUCGUCAUGAUGACGUCUAAAGUCCCCGCCAAAGGAUGUAGUCCCUUUUAGCAACUUGUUAGCAAUCACCGUUUUUAAGACACAAUAAAGUUUAAAAAACACAAGCAGGUUAUAACUGGUGUGUUUUAUUUCAUAGAUCAAAACGUGAAAAUAUUUAGAGGCUUUGUUAACCACAGACCUUAUUUCAGGCGAUUUAGCAAAAACCCAUUCAAAAAACCUAUAGACUUUAGGGCGAGGGAACCGGAAGUGCUAAAAUGCUAACUCACGUCCGCGUUUUGGCCUACAAAGUGACGUCAUAACUUCGGCACUCUAUAGUGAUCAUCUGAGAAAGUGAAAGUAACUGAGAAUAGCGAAAGAGGAAGUGAACAUAAAAUAUACGACACAGAAAAGUUGUACUUUUGAUCAACGAAUCCUACAGAGAGCUGAAAUGUGAGCAUUCUUGAUGAGGCCUACACUGAUUUCAGCGGGUGUUGGCUAAUGGAGAACUGAUCAAAAUACAACGAUAUACUGAACAAUGGCGUCACUCCGUCUCCACAGACGGCGCAGGAGCAUCGAAAAACCUCCUGAUUUAGCUGAUGUUAUUCAUCUCAAAAAAAAUUUUUUUGAACUCUAUGAGACGGAUUACCUUCAACUCCAGCUGUGCAUAUCUAAACUGCAAAAUAUCAUCAAAACAUUUGAAGAAGAUUUCAGACGUGCUACUAAAGGCACUAGAGAUGGAGGACUGAUGGGAAUAGCUGGAGGGGCCUUCGCGUUUGCGGGACUUGCUUUAGCCCCAUUUACUGCAGGGCGUGGGUCUCUUGUUGCGGGGGUAGCUGCAGGUGUUGGUGCAGUUGUAGGGGUAGGGGGAGCAAUUAAAGGUGGAAUCAGCAGCUCUGAGAAAACAAAACAGAUGACACAAAUAAGAAAAGACAUUGAAGCUGAACUGAAGACAUUUCAGAAUAAAAUCUCCCGUAUCACUGACAAGCUAAAAGACAUUCAUCUGCGUAUUGAGAAAAUACUGGAAGACUUUAAUGAACUAGAGAGCGAUGCCAAUUAUUUUAGUAGAUAUUUUGCCUCCGCCAGUCAAAACCGCAACAUACGGAGAGAAGACAUUGUUCAAGUGGCUAACCAGAUUAAGGGAAUUCUACUUUCGAUUGGAACCGUACAAAACAUUAUCAGUGCAGUUAACCUUGUGAUUGACAUGCUCUCAAUUAUAGAAAAUACCAAGACACUCAAUGACAUGGACAAGCUUGCAAAAAUACCCAUAGAUGAACAAAUAAAUGAACUUGAUAUCCGGUCUAAAGCCGGGAAAUUCAUUGUUAAAAUGAGGAAAGUAAUUCAUGAGUUACAGAACAUCAUGAAAGAACUUGAGGAAAUCAAAGAGAAACUAUCAGAUUAUUAGGGUACAACCUGACAAACAAAACCAUAUGAACGGCUGAGAGACAACUUACUCGAUCCUCUUGACAGAAGACAACAGCCCUAUAGCGACGACAUCUCAUUGCAUUGAACUUUGCAUUGAACUUUACUUUGUCCUACAACGAUUAAUGUUAGCAUUGUAAAAAGAUAGAUUUAAAUAUGAUAUAGCUGUCACUAAGUAUCACUUAAAGGGAUUAUUUGCUAAAGGAAAUGUAUACAAUAUUUUUGACAUGCAGAAAUUCAAGUGUACAUUGCUUUAGCGCUGCAUUACCCAUCAACAGAAGCAGAUGUUUUGUUGUUGUUCUGUGGAUAUGCUUUAUAUUAAUAUUUUUCACUUAUUCACAAGUGUGUGUUCCCAAAUACAAAAUGCACAAACACAAAUGUAAACGUCCCAUUUUCAGGACACUGUAUUUUUAAGCUAAUUUGGUAAAAAUCCAAAUAAGUUUACAGAUCUUUAUUGUAAAGGGUUUAAACAAUGUUUUACAUGCUUGUUCAAUAAACCAUAUACAAUUAAUGAACAUACACUUGUGGAAUGGUCGUUAAGACACUAACAGCUUACAGACGGUAGACAAUAAAGGUCACAGUUAUAUAAACUUAGGA